CAGAUUUGUUCGAAAAUGAUGUUAUGUUAGUAAUUCUGAAAGCUUGACACCUGUCCUAAAUUGCAGAAGAUGGGGUCAUACUGAAUAUCCGGUUGGUAAGUUUGAAGAGGGGAGACAUCUUAAGUAGAAGAAGAAGAAGGAAAAAAGAUGUUUGUCACUUCCCAGGAUACUAGAACAUUCCAGGAUGUCAGAAUUUCCACAGAUUCCAGGAUGUCCGCGGAUUCCGGGACAUCCGCGGAUUCCAUGAUGUCCCAGGCUCCAAUGAACAAUGGAUUCGUAAGAUGCAGUUACUGCUCUUGGCCAGGGCUUUUGUUGAAAGAAGAUAAGAUUUAUCACACAAAAUUUCAACAUGGAAAUAUAUCUUUCCUCUGCAGUGGAGAAGCAUAUUUAUGAGGUUCAUCGUAUUCAGAGCUCGUCAGAUAUUAAGGGAUUGUUCAAGAUUCCACCGAUAACGAGUCUUUUUUGGCGAGUAUGUAAUGUUACUAGCUGUAGCUCCCUGUACACGAUGCACGAGGAGAGUGUUCGGAGACAUCUAGAGAUAGAUCAUUUUAUUCCACCAGAGAACUUAGAGAAGGCGUCUGAACUAAUGAUGGGAUUGCGAUGUCGACUCUGUGAUGUUCUAAUAAAAUCAGGGGAACAAAUCGAGCAUCUGGAGGCUCAUGGAAUCAAAACAAACGAAGAAGCGGUGAAGGUGAUUCAAUCAAAGGAGAUAGACUUGAAAGAAAAAGGGAAAGAGUUGACGAAAGAAGAGAAAGAGAUGAGCGAAGUUGAAAUUGUGAAAGAACUAGAGGAAGGGGAAUUGCCGGCUUCUAAUCCCAAUUGUCUACGCAAAUCAAGAAGCCCUGAGUUUCUGUCUACAGCAAAGAAAAGAAAGAAAAAUAAAGAUCUGCAGAAAGAACUGGAAAAGAGGAAGAAGAGAUGUACCAAGAAAGUAAAAAAAAUACUGAAGUACACUAAUAAGGAGAAUAGAUUGACCUCAAGAUCGGGUACCCCCUCCCCUCCUCCUCCCAAAACCAUGUCUAAAACCCCCACCAUCAAGAAAGUGAACUCAACAUUAACCCUUUCUGUGGGUUCCAGUCCACUCAGAGCAACCAGAACACCUUCCCAGUCCCCCAUUAAAAGAAAAUCACGGCGCUCAUUAACAAUUUCCGUUUCCCCAGAAAGAAAGCCCUGUUCUCUCCCAAAGUCGGUUUCUAAAUCUCAAGAAUUUUCUGUUAAAUCAUCAUUAAAGUCUUCUGGAAGGAAAUCGUUCCCUUGCAUAACAGUUUCUAGUUCUUCAUCAGUAUCAAAUUCACCAAUGAGACGAUCACGAUCUAAACGCUCCUCAAGUUCAGAAUCUCAGUCUUGUGAAAGAAGAACUACACAGAGCAAAACAGCUCCAGGUCUGCAAAGAAGGCAAUUACGCCCAAGAAGGAUUUCCACUUCAUCUGACCAACAAAGAUCAGUCUCUAGAUCCCCUCGGUUUAGACAAUCAGAAUCAAACGCAUCUGAAAGACAACCUCGCCCCAGAAGAUCAAGUUUUAACACACCUAGAAGACGGUCUAGUAGAUCAGUGUGUAGAUCUCGCUCUAAACCCUUAUCUGAAACAGAAUCAAACUUUAAACGAUCAGUAUAUAAACCUUAUAAAAGAACAGAUUCUAGAUCUCCCAAAAGACUAUCACUUUCUAGGGAGUCAAGAAAACGAUCUCACACUCAAACAUCUCUUUCUGGAUCUCCAUUUAAACGCUUUCGAUCAAGUUCUGAGAAUUCAAAAAGACGGUCAAGUAGAUCUGUCUCUAGGACACCAGAAAGACGAUCUACCUGUAAGAGAUCUUCAACAAGGUCUUGUGAAAGACCAUUGCGUUCGUCUAGAUAUAGAAAGAAUGAACGUAAAAGCAGAUGUUACUCCCCUGAGAUUCCCCGACGACAAAUUGAUAGACCUCGUAAAUCUCGUCUUCAUCCCAGAACGAGCUUAGACGACUCCGAAUACAGUGACGAGUCAAGUCCUCACAGAACUGAAAGCUCAAAUUCAACUGAUUUUAUCUCUAACAUUAAAUCAAUUCUUCUCUUCGUCAAAAAGCCCAAACGUGAUGAAGCACAUGCGCCCAAUACGGUUAAGAAGACCUUUAAAUCCAAGAGCCCGUCACCCGUUCCGUCUACUGCAGCAAGGAAAGCCCCAGAAUCUGAGGGUCCUGUAUCCCUUCCGUCUUCUGAAGCAAGGAAAGCCCCGGAAUCUGAGGAUCCUGUAUCCCUUCCGUCUACUGCAGCAAGGAAAGCCCCGAAAUCUGAGGGACCUUUAUCCCUUCCGUCUUCUGCAGCAAGGAAAGCCCCAGAAUCUGCGGGUCUUGUAUCCCUUCCGUCUACUACAGAUAAAGAAGUCUUAAAACUCGAGAGUCAUGCAUCUUCAUUAUAUCCUAGUACUUCAAUCCCAGAAGUUCAGAACUCUAGGAAUGGUAAUCCCCCGCAGUUUCUUACUUCCCUGGAGGUCCCUAAAAAGAUUUUUAAUAAUCUGAAAACCCCUUUGAUUCCGCGAGCUUUGUAUGUGAAAGGGCUUUCAACUAUUACGGUUACUCCAGAAGGUGCAAAAUCUUGCCUGGUUUCUAAUUCAUCAACAUCUGUGAUAUCUAUGAAGGCAGCAACAAACCUGGAUCCAUCAUUUUCAGGAGCAAGCACUAGUAAAUCUAUUCCUUCUGAAUCGUCUUCUUCCUUCAAUGGUUCCUCCCAGAACUGUCUGCCUGCCUCCAAUGCACUCCCUGUGCCUCCGACGGAAUUUAUAUUACCCCUGAAAUCCCCAACUGCUAAGUCUACUAGAGAUUUGUAUCUACCUCCGUACAAGACUAGACCUUCUCAAUAUAGUUUUAUACCCCUUGAAAAUUUAAAGGAUGUAGAAGACAUCCGAACAAAGGAGAAACCAAAGGAUGAGCAUGUACAUAUGGUACAUACAGCUGGUAAGACGAAGAAACAAAUCCACCAGUUUCCAAAUUCACGGAUUUUCUGCCCUUUCUAUAAAUGCAGAGCAGACAAGCAGAGCUUUGCAGAUAUCGAAGACCUGAGGAAACAUUUCAACUUCAGACAUCAAAGAAAUGGUAUUAUGGACGGUCUUAUUCGAUGUGGAGACUGUUCUAAGAAAGGAUACAGUAACGAUCUGAACUUCAAGUACUCAGAUUUUAUCAAACAUCUGAAAAUCGUCCAUCAGGCCGCCGGACUUGAAGCUAAAGACUUCAAGUACUAUGCAGAGCUGUCAGAGUCUUCUUAUGGAACUGUUAUUUGUACUUCUUGCAAGGAUGAUUGUGUUGGUUCUCCUGGGUUCUAUCUGGAGAACAAGGAGAGUAGGCUGGCGAGGAUUAGACGCGAGCACAGCGAGAAGCAUAAUCAACCUUCUAGUCUUCUCCUGGGCUGCCAACUCUGCAGCAAAUCAUUUCCCUAUCCAGACCAUACAGAGGGCUGGCUAGCACACUUGAAGGAGUGCAGAAGGACGACAUUGGCUAAACCCUGGCAAAAUACAAGAAUAAAUAUAAUAACUGGAGAUAACCCUGCAGUGACUGGUGUUGUUAAUAGUAAUGAGAACUGUAAAUACUGUUCUGAAAGUAUACCAAGGAAACGGAUUUCAGAUCAUAUGGAGACUGAACAUUUAAACUUGAUGUUCCGCUGUAAUCGUUGCUCAGAUAGGAACCUGCAGUGUUCUGGAUUCUCAAGACUCUCUGAGCUCAAGGCCCACCUGGAGUCCAAGCACCCCCUCUCCAAACCCUGGAGUAAGGAUAUCCUCAACCCUACCCAGAUGUCAUGGUUGAUUAGUGUCAAGUGUAAGAUCUGUGAGUGGAUAGGAUAUUCUCUAGACAGCGCUAGAUCACAUACAAAACAUGAGAGUAUGGUUGGUGAGAAGGAUGUUUACAAGUUCUUCUCCUGCUACUGCAGAAUCUGUAAUGAAUAUCAGAUUGGUAAAGGAGAAAGCUCUGAAUCCAUGAAGCUUCACGCCAGUCUCUGCCACAGAUCGUCCCCGAGGAAAUAGGAAUCUGUAUUUGUCAAUUGUCAUAAGUUCCGAUAGAUAUUUAUAGUUUUUAGAUUUUUGCUAAAUUCCCAGCUUUUGCACUAAUAACAAUUUUGAGUUUGAGAACUUAACUUGGUUUUUGUGAUUAGUUUUUUUUAACGAAACCAAAAUUAUUAUUAAUUUUUGAUUUUUGCAAAAUUUUUUUGUGUGCUGUUUUCAAGCAAUACCUGAGACAAGUUUCAGGUUGCAAAAAUAAGUCUGAGAUAUAUUUGCCAUGUUUAAACUAUGGGCGGUAAAAUCCAGGUAUUAUACAGGCCUUAAGGUAUUUAAUAAUUUGAAACCUUUGAAAAUUUAAAUGUGAAUUUUUGUGAUCUCUGAAAAGUGUCAUUUUUGGACUAGUCUUUUUUUUUAAACUGUUAUGUAAUUUUAGUGUACUACUGUUAGAUGUUAAAAAUUUUCUGAAAUAUAUUUUGUAUUUUUUUUA